AGGAGAUUAAAAUGGCCAGCUUGUGAGAAGGUAGUGUGGGGGCAAUUAGAGGCAAGUGUGUGUUUGUGGAGGCUGGAGCUCGGAGCCGCAGUGAAAACUGAAAGUGUGUGCGCGCGUGUCUGUGUCUGUGCAUGUGGGUGCGUGCGUGCGCGUGUGUUUUUUUGAAGCGGAUCGACACUUGAACAAAGUCAAACUUAGAAGAAAGUAUCUUUUAUUACAGUAUUGGCCCUUUUAUUCCUCAGGGAGUUCAUCCUCGGGGGUUCUACGCUGCGGGACGCCGCACUCAGGACACUUCUCUGACAGCAUCUUCUCGUCCCGGACACUUUCUGACCAUUUUUGUUGGAUUGUUUUUUUUUUUUUUUUUAUUGAGGACACAUCGGGAGCGUGCACCUCCCAUCUGCUCCCACACCCACUUGCAGACAUCGCGAAAUGAAACUGGGUUUUGUCAUGGAGACUGCGGUGGCGCUUUAUCUGCUGCUCACACCUGCACAGACUAUCCCCGUGUCGAGUAUGAACAGCACAACUGAAGUGCUAAUGUUUCAAGAAGUGUGGAGUCGCAGCUUCUGCCGGACCAUCGAGAAGCUCGUGGAGGUGGUGCACGAGUACCCGACGGAGGUGGAGCACAUCUACAGCCCCUCCUGUGUGCCGCUGGUGAGGUGCGCGGGUUGUUGCGGGGACGAGAACUUGGAGUGUCAUCCCACCCGCACCACAAAUGUCACCAUGGAGCUGCUGAAAAUCAGGCCAUCAGAGCCGGGUCAGGCUUAUGUCGAGAUGACGUUUGUGGAGCACCAGUCAUGUGAAUGUAGAGUAAAGAAACCUGUGGUGAAGGUUGAACGGAAAAGGCAAAGAGGAAGAGGAAGGAAGAGGAAGGAGCGACAAAAAGUCAAAGAAUGUGACAGGUGCCAGAUCCCUCGAAGGUAACUGCAGUGGUGACCCAACCCCCUGUUGCAGUGUGGCUCAUUAUUUAUUUCCAGCCCAGUGACGGCAUCACGAGUCUCCUCCGCUCAUCUAUCAAUACUGUGUCUGCAGCCAGAGACUCAAAGCGCUGGGUUGUUUUGCUGACAUGCCCUUCCACUGAUGGGCAGAUUGUUUGUAACCACAAGGUUCCAAAAAAGAAAAAGAAAAAAGGAGUGUGUUUUGAAAUGUGGAAACACUGCUGUUCAACACAUGACACAAAAGGAUUUCCCUGGGAGCCAGUGCAAUGUAGAAUCAAACAGACUGAUGCCUUUUCUUUUAUACUAGUUAUUACUGUAUCAGUUAUUGUAAUUUGCCGAUUUCUUUGGUAUUUAAAGGUGGCUAUGUUUAAAAAAUCUAUAUUUAUUGAUACAGCUAAAUAUACUUGGAACAGCAACACGUAAAAGAAAGUUUGUCAUUCUUUGUUCAUUUGUUAUCAAGACUCCUCGACUUGUCACCACAGCAAAUGUUGGUGUUGUUGAUGUGCAGCUGCCUUGUACAUGUAGUAAUGUCUCCCUCUAGUGUUCAUGGAAACAGUGUUCAGAACUGCUCAAUAUGAUAGUAUUUUCGAGGUCAAAUACGGAUAUAGGACAAGUUACACUCAACUGUGUCAUCAACUUAUAUGGCAUUUAUCUAUAGCUAAGUAACAGUCCCUUAGCUGCUUAUUUUGUACUUCUCCUCUUCCUCUAUUGUGUCGUGUGACCAAACAAGAAGUAUUUUACUCCUAAUUCUCGCCAGACGAAAAACAAAUGAUUAAAAAAUGUUUGCAAGAAGUACGUAUACGUAAAUAUAUCAAACUGUCAACAUUUCCUAAACAUAUGAAGCCUCUGUGUUACUUGUUUGUUUUUUUUGACAGAAUAGUAUACGUGAAAAAGGACACAUCUGUUUUUCACAACACGCUCGAAAUUGAUAUUCAUGACAGCUGUUUUCUUUUUUGUUUUUUUUUCACUGAUAUUAUAUUGAAAGCAUUUCUCUUUGUGUGGACCCUGGUGACACUCGACUCACAUGAGCCCACAGCUCAGGUGUCUUACUCUGUCUGUUUUUGGAAACCCUGCAGUGAAGAAGGGAUCGACUGAAGUAGUUAUGUAAAAAUGAGGAUGAAUGAUUUUCCUGUACUACACAGAGAAAAUCUCGAUGAAAAAAAGUAACAUUUCUACUGUAUUAGCAUUUGAUGUCAUUUAAAUAUUUAUUUCGGAAAUAAAUUGUUACAUUGUCAA